UGUGUGUGAGUGCGUGUGCGUGUUUAAUUGUCUCUUUAUUUAUUUGUUUGUUUGUGGUUAUUACUUAUUUAAUGUUUUCUGUUUGUUUACGGAUAAAUCAGGAUGUUAUUGUAUUUACUUCAUAUAAUUGGUCAAUUUGAAUUCUUAGUGACGAAACGAGCGCUUAUUGGUCAGCCGGGUGCAGGCGAAACUCUGUGACCAAUAGGAGAGCAGAAUCGGUCUAAAGCGGGAAGCUCUGAAGGUUAACAACUUCCUCUGAGCUCAGUGUCAGGUGCUGUUUUUUUUAUAUCUGAUAUUUUUAUUUUGUUUACACAUGUGGCUUAUUAUAUUAUCGCGUUCUUGUGCUACAUGAAGCGUUAACAAACACGGAGCUUUAACAACGUUCACUUCAAUGUUUCCUACGACUCAAGCGAGCAUCAUCUUCAUGUGCCACAUAUAACCCAGUGCUUAUGGAGCAGGUGUACAGGCUGCAGCGUGAAGUGGGUCGAGGCAGCUAUGGCGUGGUGUUUGAGGGUCAUGUUAUGGAGACAGGCUGGUGGGGCUGCAGAGGAGACACGGUGGCCAUCAAACGUCUGCCCUGCGGCAGCCCAGAAAGCAUUCAACUCUAUUUGCAGGAGCUGUGGGCCAUGAGAGCCACCGGGAGGAGACACCCGAACAUCAUCGCUCUGCUUAACUGUCUGGUACAGACCGGUCCGAAAACGCUGCAGCCGCUCAAAUCUGACAAGUUGCCGCUGGACCUCGUGGAGAGCGCCCUCAAAGGACGGGUUGUGGACAAGGACUCUAAAAGUCAAGCGAGGAACACAGGGUCUGCAAAAAGGUGCUUGGCUCUGUGGCUGGUGAUGGAGUACUGCGAUGGUGGAGACCUGAACCAGUACAUGUUGUCUAGAUGUCCAGACAUGCAGAGGAAUUAUGAGGUGGUCCGGCAGCUCAGCAGUGGCAUGACUUUUCUACACGGAUUGGGGAUCGUUCACCGAGACCUAAAACCGGCCAAUGUGCUCGUCUGCGUAACCAAAACUGGUCCGGUGAUCAAGAUAGCCGACUUUGGCCUGAGCAAGAUGGUGGAAGGGCCGACGGAGGGAGAACGGAGCAGACUGGCCCUCUCGUCCACGUGUGGCUCAGACUUCUACAUGGCACCUGAGGUGUGGGCUGGACACAGCUACACAGCACAAGCAGACAUUUUCUCUCUAGGUGUCCUCUUCUGGGCCGUGCUGGAGAGGAUCACCUUUCUGGAGGAUGGCUCCAGCGAGGAGCAGCUGGGAGUUUAUGUGGAGAAGGGACGACGGAUCAUGCCGCUCGGAGAGGCUUUAUGUCAGAAUCCAGCUCUGCAGUUGGUCAUCCCCAUGCGAGCGCGACGUGCCUCGCCGUUACCUCCAACACUGAGCCCCGACUUGUGUGCCCUGCUUUUGGACAUGCUGGCAUUUGACCCUGAUACUCGUCCCACCGCACUACAGCUGCAAGAUAGAACUUAUAGUGCCAUAGACACUCCCUGAGCUCCAGAUUCUAUUAUUUCUUUAUUCAAACUGAAGGUUUCUUCCUCAUUUCUUCUCAGGGAGUUUUUUCCACACCACCUCUGACUUAUUCGUUAGGGAUAAAUUUACAAUUUAAAUGUACAGUUUAUUUGCUGAAUUUAUAUAUAUAUUUAAAAAAAUCUUACAUUUCUGUAAAGCUGCUUUUGCGACAACGUUACAACAUUAAACGUGCUAUAAAAAUCAACCCGAAUUGAAUUUCUCGCUCGCCACAGACAACAUGGAUUCUCUGGCUUUUGUGUACAAGUCGUACUACAUUAAGGUUCAUUCGCAUGUGUGCCGUCUGUCUGGUACGGUGGCCGAGAAGUGCAAAACAAAUUAACAAAUCUGAAAACAAAUUAACAAAUCUGAAAA